ACAAAAGGGUGACAGGAUUGGAAUAAACAGCGAUGAUUUGUUUGAAGCAGCCUCACUGCAGUUAUAACCCGCACAGACAGGGAGAUGUAGCCACCCGGACUCCAGUGCCUGUUACACCGGUCCAGCCGCUUUACUGUCCGGUUUCAGUGCUGUAUUUUGCCAGGAGUGCUGAAUUGUCAGGGGUUCGUUCUGAGACAAUUUCUGUACCACAGCAAUUAACUUCUUUGCAACUGUGGCAGGAAAUUGUUAAGAGACAUCCAAGGCUUGGUACCAUAAGGGAUCAUAUCAUUCUUGCUGUUCGUCAGGAAUAUAUCAUCUUGGGAGAUCAGCUUUUGUUCCUCCAGCCAGGCGACGAGAUCGCAGUUAUCCCCCCUAUCAGCGGGGGCUAACUCCUGGCAUACAUAUGCAGUUACCAUGUAUGAAUUGGAUGACAAACCAAAGGAUUUGAUAAAAGUGACAUAUGAGAAGCUUUCCACAGAUGAAGUUGCAGAAUCAGUAAAAUCUCCAUCUUGCGGAGCAGUGUCUUUGUUUAUUGAGUGGUUGAUAUAACCGAAGCAAGUGUGAUCAUUGCCAUCUCCUCUCCACACAGGAAUGAGUCUAUUGAAGCAGUGAAGUAUUGCAUUACUGCUUUGAAAGCAACAGUCCCAAUAUG